UAUGUUUUAGACGCUAUUCUAGCUUAGUUACCUCAGUAACGUGGUUUAGUAUAUAAAGAUAGCUCCUGCAGUGCUUGUGUCUCCUAUACCGCAGGUCUAUACAGCUGUACUAUAUAUAGCAGCAGCGUCUCCCCGUACGGAGAGCCCCACCUCAAUGUGCUGCAUAUUAGAGUGAUUAAACAUGGCGGCUGCUGCAGUUUGUCCAGUCGUCAGGGCGCAGACAGCAUCGUGAUUUUGGUGCACUGUGUAAUUGGCAUCGAGCACAUCUCCUCCUCCCCUCAGACGCAGUGUCUCAGCUUCUCUGACCUUUCCCAGCGCUGCCAGGAACGGAGAAAAAAGCGCGCCGAGGAAUUCCCGCCCAACGCCCCUGCUUCGCCUCAUGCAUAUGCAAAAUAGUCCCAGCGCCUAUUGGUAGAUGUGGGAUACUGAAAUCUACAGGCAGGGAAGCCAUUGGCGCAGCCGCCACUACAUAAAUAUGUAAAUAAACGUGCCUAGUGUACGGCUACAUUUUCAGACAUGUACCCUUCCGCGCGUCUAGCUACUAGUAGUAAAUAGUGCGCUGCGCAAACAAUCGCUCUAGCGCAAAGACGACCGCGGUUCCCUUGACUUUUUGCACGUAGGACAAGACAUCGGCAUCAGCUGGAUUUUAUGGUGUCUUAUUGGUGAGGGAUUAAUUGGCGGCUGGACACGUAGGUGUUCCCCUGAAGCCGGGCGCGGAGGGAUCUCACCGGGAGCGCUGGCAGCACCAAAAUACUAGGAGUUAAGAGGCAGGUCUGUCAGUAAUUGAGCUCAGAGCUAGGGAGGGCGGUGGUGUGUGGUCGCUGUUGCAGGAGUGGACUAUCGGUAUACUACUAACCUAGUGGAUAUACGGCGCCGGCUGACACACUUCAACAGGGUUUACCGCCAUUUUCUGUUUCUUGGCCAUUGCUGCGGCUCUCUGGUUGGACUCUAUGGAUUGUUGGGUGUAAGCCGCCGGUGUGUUUAUGUGUGACGCGGACGUGACGAGAGCAUAGAACGCCGGUACCGGACUGUACAGCUGCCUGCUGCUCUUCCCGCUUUCUGGUGGAUAUAAGAGAAGAUGCUCCUGUCUAAAUUCGGUUCCCUGGCUCAUAUCUGCACCCCGAGCAGCAUGGACCAUCUGCCGGUGAAGAUCCUUCAGCCAGUGAAAGCCGACAAGGAGCCAUUUGAGAAGGUCUACCAGGUGGGCUCAGUCCUGGGCAGCGGAGGCUUCGGCACCGUGUACUCUGGCAGCAGGAUAGCGGACGGGCUCCCGGUGGCUGUGAAGCACGUCUCCAAGGAGCGGGUGACGGACUGGGGCACCUUGAACGGAGUGAUGGUGCCGCUGGAGAUCGUGCUCCUUAAGAAGGUGGGCUCCGGCUUCCGGGGGGUUAUCAAGCUGCUCGACUGGUACGAGCGGGCGGACGGCUUCCUGAUCGUUAUGGAGAGGCCGGAGCCGGUCAAGGACUUGUUCGACUUUAUUACCGAGAAGGGGGCGCUGGACGAGGAGACGGCCCGGGGCUUCUUCCGCCAGGUGCUGGAGGCCGUGCGGCACUGCUAUAGCUGCGGGGUGGUGCACCGGGACAUCAAGGACGAGAACCUGCUGGUGGACCUGAGGAGCGGAGAGCUGAAGCUCAUAGACUUCGGCUCCGGGGCGCUGCUCAAGGACACGGUGUACACGGAUUUUGAUGGUACAAGGGUUUACAGCCCCCCUGAAUGGGUUAAAUACCACCGAUAUCAUGGAAGAUCGGCAACAGUGUGGUCUCUUGGUGUACUGCUGUAUGACAUGGUCUGCGGAGAUAUUCCCUUUGAGCAGGAUGAGGAAAUCUUACGUGUCAGGCUCUACUUCAGGAGGAGAAUUUCUCCUGAGUGCCAACAACUUAUUAAAUGGUGCCUUUCACUGAGGCCUUCUGACCGACCAACUCUUGAACAAAUAUUCGAUCAUCCAUGGAUGUGUAAAUGUGACCUUGUGAAGUCUGAGGACUGUGAUUUAAGAUUAAGGACAAUUGACACCGAUGCAUCUAGCACAAGCUCAAGCAAUGAAAGUCUGUAAACAGAAGGGCGUGCUGCUGCCAACACUACCCUGGAAGGGUGCAAAUGUUCACUAUUCUAUAAUAAACCCUUUAUACAGGAUUUUGAUUUUUUAAUUUCACAUUUGCAGUUAUCUCCCUUGAAUGAGACUUCAUUUUGACUUGAGGAUCUGAGUUGUGGGCCAGUGCUUACACUAAAGGACUGACUUUACUGACAGAAGAGAAGCAGUGACCUCUUGUGUACCUAGUAUACUGUUUUGCUCUCAUAGAGCCUGGACUAGAUUUUUAUUUGCUUUUGAGUGCCUUUUUGAAAGCUGCUUCAGUGGGACAUUUUCUGUUUUUUAUUUUUUGUACCUGGAGCUGUGCAUCUCCAAAGAAGGUCCACAUUUUUAUCGCCACAGGCUUUCCUCUGCCCCAUGCGCUACUUGGAACCACACGCCCUGUAAUUGGACACACUGCUCAGUGGACUUCAUGAAGUGAUUCCGAUUGUGAUGAGUGCAUGAAUACCUAUUGUGACCAUUUCUAUUACAAUGUACUUCAUGUAUGAUCUUUUUGAGCAGGAAUGCUGUUUUUAAAUACAGACCCCCCCCCCCCUCUCCCAUUUAUUUAAUUUCCCUCUUCAUCUCUACCACUGGGCAACACAGGACCAUUUCUCCUCAUUCCUAACCCUUGUCCCCCCACAAGUCUUAAAGUAUGUAUGGGCAUGUUAUAUGCACAAUCAAUGCAAUAUUCAAGGACUUUUUUUUUCCAUAUCUGUAUUUAAUUUUCCUUGUACUAUAGUUUAUUUAUUGUGAUAUUUAGACAAUUUCUCACUAUUUAUUUGGUAAUUUAUUUGUCUAGAAUUUAUCAAACCCUGUGCUUUACACUGUUCGGAGAUGCCCCUUUUCCAUUUUACCUUUCAUAAUGGAAGCUAACUAGUGAUUCCUCUGCAUUCCAGUCAUGCCAUCUUCACCCGUCUUUUCCAUUCCCCUUCUAGCAAGUCUGUUUUUAGAUGGAUAAUUGUUGUAAAAAGUCUAAUUUAAGAAAAAAAUAGAAAUACUGACUUAAGAGUUGGUUCUUAUGCCUUUUUGUCUGGUAAGGUUUACCAGAGAUGUAAAGUUGUUUUUUAUUUUUUAUUUUGGACAGGAUUCUAAAUUAUUGGCAUUAUCUAGUCUCCAUGCAGUGGCUCUGGGAGGACAAGUGGCAGAGUCAUGACCUUAAUUUAUUAGCCGUGUUGUAAUCUGGCUGUAUUUUGUGCAGCUUAUUUAUGAUUUGUAUUUUGUUUUCUUUAACAGUGUGAAAUGUAUGGAGAUCAUAUUUUUUUAUACAAGUAUUUCAAUUAAACUUUUUUGUAUAUAAUGUG